AUGGAGUACGCAGACGAGUAUGGAGACGAUGUCUACUACGAGGCGGAGGAGGGGAUCACAUCUGAAGACUGCUGGACGGUGAUUUCCGCAUUUUUCGAGUCCAAAGGUCUGGUCUCCCAGCAGUUAGACUCCUUCGAUGAAUUCAUCUCCACCACGAUGCAAGAGCUGGUAGAGGAGCAGGGCCAGGUUACUCUCGAUCAAACAGUUCCUCCGGGUGACGAUGAGCAGGAUCCCGUCGUCUUACGCCGCUAUGAGCUCAAAUUUGGUACCGUGAUGUUGGCUAGGCCGUCCAUGACAGAAGGAGAUGGUGCAACCAGCAUUAUGUUGCCUCAGGAAGCCCGUCUACGAAAUCUCACCUAUGCUAGUCCGCUCUACCUCGGUAUUUCGAAAAAGAUUAUGGAAGGCCGGGAGCGCCUAUUAUCAGAAAGGGACGACGAGGAGGAAGAGGUCGAAGAGAAGGGUGAUGAAGAGAGGCGGAAUCGUGGAACAUAUUUGCAUUGGGAACGGAAACCAGCUUCUGAAGACGAGGCAGAGGAGGAAAACAUUUUCAUUGGAAAAAUGCCUAUUAUGCUCAAGUCAAAGUACUGCAUCCUCAAGGACCUCGGCGAGCAAGCCCUUUACAACUGGAACGAGUGCCCAUACGAUUCAGGUGGUUAUUUCGUUAUCAACGGAAGUGAAAAGGUUUUGAUUGCGCAAGAACGAAGUGCUGGAAAUAUUGUGCAAGUGUUCAAGAAGGCCCCUCCAAGUCCAACCCCUUACGUUGCGGAAAUUCGAAGUGCUGUAGAGAAGGGCUCCAGAAUCCUCUCUCAGCUUUCCAUCAAACUCUUCUCCAAAGGCGACAGUGCUAAGGGCGGAUUUGGCCCGACAAUUCGAUCGACCCUACCCUACAUCAAAACCGAUAUUCCCAUUGUCGUCGUAUUUCGCGCUCUCGGUGUUGUGUCUGAUGAAGAUAUUCUAAACCACAUUUGCUACGACCGAAACGACACGCCAAUGUUAGAAAUGCUUAAGCCAUGUAUUGAAGAAGGGUUCGUUAUCCAAGACCGUGAUGUUGCACUUGACUUUAUUAGCAAAAGAGGAUCGUCACCUAUGAGCAUGAACCAAGAGAAGCGAGUACGAUAUGCCAGGGACAUCAUUCAAAAGGAAUUCCUUCCUCAUAUAUCGCAGAGCGAAGGCAGUGAGACUCGCAAGGCCUUCUUUUUGGGUUACAUGGUCCACCGUCUCCUCCAGUGCGCCCUUGGACGUCGUGAUGUGGAUGAUCGAGAUCAUUUUGGAAAGAAGCGCCUCGACUUGGCGGGACCUCUACUGGCGAACUUAUUCCGAGUUUUGUUUAUGAGACUUACCAAAGAUCUUUAUAAAUAUGUCCAAAGGUGUGUCGAGACCGGCAGACAGUUGUACCUGAACAUCGGUGUCAAAGCCAGCACCCUCACAGGUGGCCUCAAAUACGCACUUGCUACAGGGAACUGGGGUGAGCAGAAGAAAGCCGCUAGCUCGAAGGCAGGUGUCUCACAGGUGCUUAACCGUUAUACAUAUGCAUCUACACUUUCCCAUCUUCGGCGCACAAAUACCCCUAUCGGUCGAGAUGGCAAGAUCGCCAAACCUCGACAGCUCCAUAACACCCAUUGGGGUCUUGUUUGCCCUGCUGAGACGCCCGAAGGGCAAGCUUGUGGUCUGGUCAAGAAUUUAGCACUCAUGUGCUACAUCACCGUUGGUACCCCGAGCGAGCCGAUCAUCGAUUUCAUGAUUCAGCGCAAUAUGGAAGUACUGGAAGAAUUUGAACCUCAGGUAUCACCUAAUUCGACAAAAGUGUUCGUGAACGGUGUAUGGGUAGGUGUACACAGGGACCCGGCACAUCUUGUUGGGACCGUCCAGUCCUUGCGACGACGAAACAUGAUUUCCCAUGAGGUCAGUUUGGUUUGGGAUAUUCGAGACCGAGAGUUCAAGAUUUUUACGGAUGCCGGGCGUGUGUGUCGACCUCUGUUUGUGGUUGACAAUGACCCAAAGAGUGAAAACAGCGGGUCCCUUGUUCUUGUAAAGGAACAUAUUCACAAACUUGAAGCAGACAAGGAGCUUCCACCAGAUCUUGAUCCAGAGGAACGGAGGGAGAGACACUUUGGCUGGGAUGGCCUCGUUAAGUCCGGAGUGGUUGAAUAUGUGGAUGCAGAAGAAGAAGAAACUAUCAUGAUUGUCAUGACGCCCGAAGAUCUGGAGGCAUCAAAACAAUACCAGGCUGGUUAUGGCAUGCCCGAAGAGGAUACUACAGACCGCAACCGUCGUGUCAAAUCAACUCUAAGCCAAAAGGCUCACACCUGGACGCACUGUGAGAUUCAUCCCAGUAUGAUAUUGGGCAUUUGUGCGAGUAUUAUUCCGUUCCCCGAUCAUAACCAAUCUCCCCGUAACACAUACCAAUCUGCUAUGGGUAAACAAGCCAUGGGUGUUUUCCUCACAAAUUUCGAACAGCGCAUGGAGACAAUGGCGAAUAUUCUCUAUUACCCGCAGAAACCUCUUGCAACCACGAGAUCCAUGGAGUUCCUUAAGUUCCGUGAACUUCCUGCCGGUCAAAAUGCUAUUGUGGCUAUUGCAUGUUACUCCGGAUACAACCAGGAAGAUUCCGUUAUCAUGAACCAAAGCAGUAUCGAUCGUGGCUUGUUCCGAAGCUUGUUCUACCGAACUUAUACUGACUCUGAGAAGAUGAUCGGUUUGACAGUGGUUGAGAGAUUUGAGAAGCCGAUGAGAUCGGACACUCUCAGGAUGAAACACGGGACCUACGACAAGGUCGACGACGACGGCAUCGUGUCACCGGGAGUUCGCGUGUCCGGUGAGGAUAUCAUCAUUGGAAAAACCUCGCCGUUGGCGCCGGAGGCUGAAGAACUUGGCCAGCGAACGAAACAGCACACUAAACUGGAUGUCUCAACUCCUCUGAGAAGUACUGAGAGUGGUAUUGUCGACCAGGUUCUUGUUUCCACGAGUAACGAUGACUUGAAGUUUGUGAAGGUACGGAUGAGAACCACGAAGAUUCCUCAGAUUGGUGACAAGUUUGCGUCUCGACACGGUCAAAAAGGUACUAUUGGUAUUACAUACCGACAUGAGGAUAUGCCGUUUACCAGAGAAGGUGUCACGCCCGAUUUGAUUAUCAACCCCCACGCUAUCCCGUCUCGUAUGACAAUUGCCCAUUUGAUUGAGUGCCAGUUGAGUAAAGUGUCCUCCCUCCGUGGAUAUGAAGGUGAUGCAACGCCCUUCACCGACGUCACUGUUGACUCGGUGUCGAGCUUGCUUCGCGAGCAUGGAUAUCAAUCACGUGGAUUCGAGGUCAUGUACAAUGGACACACAGGAAGGAAAUUGGUCGCCCAGGUGUUCCUGGGGCCUACCUACUAUCAGCGACUACGACAUAUGGUGGACGACAAGAUCCACGCUCGUGCCCGUGGGCCUACGCAGAUCCUGACUCGCCAGCCAGUGGAGGGUCGUGCUCGAGAUGGUGGUCUGCGAUUCGGAGAGAUGGAACGCGAUUGCAUGAUUGCCCACGGAGCUAGUUCGUUUUUGAAGGAGCGAUUGUUUGAUGUGUCUGAUCCGUUCCGGGUACAUAUCUGCGACAUUUGUGGAUUGAUGACACCUAUUGCGUAA